UGUUUACAUUUUAAGAUUUUACAGUUUUUAUUUUUCUAGCAUGUUAUAUUAGACUCUUCAUAAUGUCUGAAACAUGGAAUAUCAGUGGUAUAUGCCGCUGUUGCCACUCUCAUGGCACAUUUAAAAAUCUUGAGGAGUUGUGCUUAUAUGAUGAAAAAGGAGAAACUUAUUCCAAUAAGUUGCAAAAUACGUUUAAUGUCACGUUAUGUCAAGUUACAGACACUUUAAACUCCUUCUACAGUAUUUGUGAUGUAUGUAUUCCAAAACUGCGAGAUGCUGAGCUGUUUAGAUUACAAAUAUUAACAUGUGAAGAUCAAUUUUUACAGUAUUACAAUGAUUAUUAUGUUAAAGAAACUAAAGAAGAACCUUUUGAUCUAGUAACUACACAUAAUGAAGAAACAGAUGAAAAAUUACUACUAGAGGAUGUUUUCUCAGACAUAGAUGACCAGCCAUUGGCUACCUUACAGAGUCAAGAUUCUAAACCUGAUGCUGACUGGGUAACACCUCCAGUGAUGGAUGGUGGUAAAGUUGUGUUUACUAAAUAUAAAGCUCAAACUCAAAAUAACUUUAAUCAUAUAGACAUCAAACCUUUGAAGCAUAAGUCUAAGAAAUACACCUGUGAAGUAUGUCAAAAGAAAUUCACAUACCACGGUUCGCUGGAAAUGCACAUACAAACGCACAAAUUCGAGAAAACCUACCCAUGUCUUAUAUGCAAUGCAAUAUUUAAGAGAAAUAAAGAUUUAAUAACACAUAUAAGUGAAAAUCACGAAGAUAACGGUUUUGCGUGUAACUUAUGCGAAAGUAAUUUCGAUGAUCCACGGUUGUUGAAAAAACACUUUUCGAUACAUCUAGUGAAGUUUAAAUGUGAUUUUUGUGACAAGGAGUUUUCUAAAAAAAAAGGUCUGAAAGAACAUUUAAAAGUGCACACGAGGGAAAAGAAAUACAAAUGUGAUAUUUGUCACAAAUGCUUUGGACAUAAUCAGACUUUGAAAUCGCAUAUUUUGACGCAUACUGGUGAGCGUCCGUACGUGUGUGAUAUAUGCGGGCGUCGAUUCCCGCAACGCACACAUCUAAAACGCCAUAUACACAUUAUACACACAGGCAUAAAACCGCACACAUGCACAUCUUGCAACAAGCAAUUUUCAAGCAAAAGCUAUUUGUUAAUACACCAACGGCAGCACACAGGCGAGAAACCCUAUAAAUGUGACGUUUGUAAUAAAAACUUUAGGGCGUAUACAACUUUGAAAGUUCAUAUGAGGGUACACACAGGUUUUAAACCAUAUCUAUGCACAUUCUGCGAUAGGCAGUUCGCGCAAAUGGCCAGUUUUAAACUCCACGAAAGGACACACACGGGUGAACGGCCGUUCAGUUGUAAAAUAUGUAAAAAAUCCUUUUCAGAUAAUGGGUAUUUAAAAAUUCAUAUGCGCAUUCAUACUGGAGACAAGCCAUUCGAUUGUGAUGUUUGUAAGCGAUCUUUUAGAGAGACGGGACAAUUAAAACGCCAUAUGCGUGUACAUACAGGUGUUAAACCCUAUACAUGUAAGGUAUGCAACAAGCAAAUUGGUAAUUUGUCCAAACAUAUGAGGGUACACGACGAAAAGUAUUUGAAUGAAUUCGCAAAUGGGAAGUUAAAAAUACACUUGCGGGUACAUAGUUCUAAAUAUUGUGAUGUAUGUAAUAGUAAUUUCACGGAAAUCAGUGAUUUGAAACGGCAUAAAUGUAAAAAUGAUGUGUGAGUUUUUAUACAAUAUAUUUAUUAUUUAACAAGAGUUUUUUAUAUACCCAACAGCAAGCAACAGCAAUUGGCGUCGUGACCCCGCUAAUUUGUGGAUAUAUAUAUUUUCACCUAAGAGAUACAAUAACUCACAAACGUGGAUAUAUUAGCAAUCGUGAGCGAGAGUACGAUCUCAAGUAGAUAGAUAAUCAUUAUUUGGUAUAUUAUUAACGCCAUCUAUUGCCGCAAAUGUGAUAUUUGUGAUAUGCCGCUGGUUAUUUUAAAUCUCUUAUUUUUGGAAACCCGAAAAAAAAAUUCAUAUCUGCUGCUUAACCUGUGGUAAUGAUUCCGAAUUGUUUAUUGACAUCAAAAAUCUAAAUAAGUUAAUUCAGUUUAGAUGCGCCUUAGCGCAUGCUUAUGAAUGUCAAAAACGUUUACAAAAUUCGUGAAAGAUCAAGACUGCGCUAGAAAGAGAUAGAGACAUAGGUAAUUUCCAGUUUGUGACAUGAAGGAUAUGGAAAUCUGGGUUUUCACAUUAAAUGACAUAGUUACUAGAAUAAUUCGAGUAUCUGUGAGAUACGUGAGCAGGGUUAAAAGUGGACGUAAGGAUACGGAAGGUAAUGUUUAGGUGGUUUUGAAAUGUAAAACGAUGAAGGAGAACCGUUUAACCAGUAGAUUGUACAAGGCAACCGUGCAUGGUGAAGUCGAGUUGGGUAUGCCUUGUCGUACAUACCUGGACCAAAUCCAGGAGGUACUAGAAGAGUCACAAGGUGAAUGUAUUGAAAGUGGAUAAAGCGA